AUGUCGAAAUCAAAAGGAGAUAAAGUGGAAAAGGAACACCCAGAUAUCACUUAUCUUAAAUAAGAUGAGAUUGGUCUUGUCAUUGCCAAAGCUUUGAAUGAAACAUACAAAUGCUCACCCAACAAUCCCAUCGACUUCUUUGCAAAGUGGCUACUCAAUCACUCCAAGACUAACAAAAGAGUUUUUUUAUCAGAAGAAGCAGUUAAGACAGAAUCAAUUAAGCAAGAGAAGAUAUAAAAGUUUUAUGAAAUAUUGACAAGGAGCGAGGACUUAUCAGACAAUUUAGAUGAGUUAGCUGCUUACUUAAAAGAGUUCACAGGAGCUACUGGGGUAUAUAUCGGUAAACUAGUGAAGCCCAGAAAAGAAAUCAGCGAUGAGGAUGAUGAUAAGGCUCAUGUAGAUGAAGAAAACCCAAAGGUAAUUUGGUAUAUCCAUGCCUCUGAGGGCCACGAAUUCAUUAAAGGAAACAUCCUCAAGAGUGACUAAGGAAUUUCACAUGAUGUGUUCAAGGAGCCAGAACCAGUAGAAGGCGAAGAAGCUGCAGCAGAAGAUGAGGAAGGUGGAGAGCCUAAACCAGUCGAAGACUCAAAUGAUAUCUUGAAGACUUUUAGACAUAUAUAUGUACCUGAAGUUGUAAGAGAACCAAGAAUGCACUUCUAUAAAGUUCCAAAGCUUGGAUCAUACAUGGCUAUCCCAUUAGUAUAUAAUUCAUGCUUAUUUGAAGAUGCUCUUGAUAAUGCAGUCCAAGAUUACUUAGAUGUUAAAAAAGCUCUUGAUGAAUAAAAUAAAGCCAAAGGUGAAUGGGAAGAGGAAUAGUAAAGAAUCAGAGAAGACAGAGAAAAGCAAGGUGAUGUCUAUGAGCCUGAACCAAAAGAAUGGGAUGAGAUAAAGGAAAAGCCAUUUGAUGUCUUUGAAGAGCAAUAUGUAGUCUGUAUCGAUUCACUCGGCUAAGAUAGAUAAUUUUCUGAUGAACAGAGAAGGUUUGCUCUUGAAACAGUUUUAAAUUUUAAGAAUAUCUGGGAGAAAACUGAAUAUGAAAAUCUAUCGAGAGAUAGGAAUAGAAAACUAGAGAUCAUGGAAAUUGAUAAAGAGUUCCUUGAUAAUGAAUCUUAAAAGCUAUUAGAUGAAGAAGAAAAACAUAUUGAUGAAAUGAUCAACUCCAGAGACGAGGCUAUGGAUGAUGAAUUAAGAGAUCUCUACAUGAGAUAAGCAAGAAUCCAUUUCAUUGGCAGACUCUUCAAGGAAAGAGAGGAUUGGAAAGGCAAUCUUAUGAAAUUAAAAGAAUUUAAGGUGCUUAAAAUGCCAAGAGUUAUGCAAAGUGUCUUUUACUUCCUUCAGUAUAGAAGAGAGGAUAUUUGCGAGAGAGGCACAAAUAAAUUCUUCUGGAAAAAAGCCAAAGAAUAACUUGAUGAUGAGUUCCUUAAUAGACUUGUAUUCUUUAACUCUCUUGGUCCCAAAGAAGAAAGUUUUGAGAGAUAUUAGACUCUCAACUUUAUAGAGAAAAAUGUAGAGGGAAUCAAUCCUGAUGAUGUUGAUGCUUACAAUAUCACACUUGGAAAGCUCUUUAAAUGGGUAUUACUAGCCCUUAAAACCCGCAAAGAUGAUAUUACUAGAAGAAAAGCAUUGAAGCUGAAGGCUAGAGAUAUGAGAGCCUAAAUCAUGGAAGCAAUUGAUGCAAGAGAGGUCAAAAGAGGAGUAGAUGUACAAGAGGCUGAGGAUAAAUUUAAGGAGGAGCAUAAAGAUGAAAUUGAAGCUGCUCUUAAAUUUGAAUAAUUGGAGCAAGAGAAAAAGGAUGACGAGUAUGGAGAAGAGGACGAAGGAGAUGAUGUUGAAAAAGAGAGAUAGCCAAAGGAGAAGCCUGCAAUGCCAGUUUUUAACUUAGAUGAUUUCCUUGAAAAAUGGGUUGAAGAUAAUCCAGAACCAGUUCUGCCAGAGGACGUUUUACAAGAUGUAGACAAUGAUUGGGUACUCUAACCAGAAGAGGAAGAAGCACUUAUAACUGCGUAUUUCGCUCAAAAAGAGCAAAGCUGA